CGCAAUCUGGGACAGUCUCGCCAUCCAUACCUUUUCUAGAUGAACAGUGGCGCAUGAGUAGCGCGGUAAGGCAAGACUAUGGCUCAAGCCUACCGCGAUGCGCUUGAACGCACCGUCCAGGACCUCAAAUCAAGGCGCGAUGAGCGACGACUACACGCUGCCGAGAGCCUUCUCCACGAAGUCGAAGCUGCUCACAGAGAACUGUCGGCCGCCCAAUUCGCACCCUACUACGUCGAAGUCAACAAACGCAUCGCCGACCUCAUCCAGAAUGGAGCCGAUACACACGAACGAACCGGCGGAUUGUAUGCGCUUUCGCAACUCAUCGACUUCAAGGGCGACGAUGCUGCUCAAAAGACAACUCGCUUCCAUACCGUUCUGCGCAAGGUCAUGACGGGCAACGACACAGCUGCCAUGGUCGUCGCAGCAAAGACUCUUGGACACCUCGUCUCACCUGGCGGUACUCUCACCGCAGAGCUAGUGGAUGCAGAAGUCAAGGUUGCCCUCGAAUGGCUCCAGAUCGAACGAAACGAAAACCGUCGCUUCUCCGCCGUCUUGAAUCUCUACGAGCUUGCGAAGAGCUCGCCCACGCUUUUACACGUCUGGAUACCCGACAUCUUCGAGGUCAUCUGGGUUGCCCUACGCGACCCAAAGGUCAUGAUUCGCGAAUCGGCCGCCAAUACCAUCAGCCAGUGUUUCGAGAUCCUUAUGGCCAGAGACCCACAGGCUCGCCAGAAAUGGUUGACGAGAACAUAUGAAGAGAUAGACAAGGGCUUCCAACAUAACACAGUCGAGGCCAUCCACGGUUCUCUCCUUGCACUGAAAGAAUUGUUGCAGAAAGGAGGCAUGUUCAUGCACGGCCCUCGAUACAAGGAAGCAUGCGAGCGCAUCCUGUCAUACAGGGAGCAUCGUGACCCUCUGAUCCGUCGUGAGGUCGUCUACAUUAUUCCGAUUCUGGCCAGAUACGCGCCGAAGGAGUUCUGCAAUGGCUACAUCCAUCGAUCCAUGUCGCAUCUUCAAGGCCUUCUCAAGUCACCCAAGGACCGCAACUUGUCAUUCAUCGCUAUUGGAAACGUCGCAAAUGCUGUCGGCAGUCAGAUCGCUCCCUACCUGGACAACAUCCUCCUCCACAUUCGCGAAGCCCUUAGCGUAAAAGCACGUAUCAAGAAUACAGAUGAAGCUCCCAUCUUCAAGUGUAUCAGCAUGAUCUCGAUUGCCGUUGGUCAGACUCUGAGCAAAUACAUGGAAGCAUUGCUGGAUCCUAUCUUUGCCUGCGGGUUGAGCGAUGCUCUUACACAAGCUCUUGUGGACAUGGCACAUUACAUCCCUCCGGUCAAGCCAAUCAUCCAGGAGAAGCUUCUCGACUUGCUGAGCAUGACGCUCUGUGGCAAGUCCUUUGUUCUGCCUGGUCAUCCUAGCCACAGCACACCCUUGCCAAGAAUCUUCACUAGAGAAGCCAGAGACCAACAGGACCCUCAGCACAUUGAACACAAAGAACAACAGAUCGCAUUGGCUCUCUACACUCUUGGUAGCUUUGAUUUCUCUGGUCAUGUUCUUAACGAAUUUGUCAGAGACGUCGCUAUCCGUUAUGUCGAGGACGAUGAUGCUGAGAUUCGCAAAGCUGCUGCACUGACCUGCUGUCAAUUGUUCGUUAGGGACCCAAUUGUCUACCAGACCAGUCACUAUUCGAUACAGGUCGUUAGCGAUGUGAUUGAGAAGCUGCUCACUGUCGGAGUCGCUGAUCCUGAAGCUGAAAUUCGCAGAACCGUUCUGGCCUCUCUGGAUGCUCGCUUCGACCGUCAUCUCGCAAAGGCUGAGAACGUGCGUACGCUGUUCCUGGCCCUAAACGAUGAGAUCUUCGGCAUCAGAGAAGCAGCCAUGACCAUCAUCGGUCGUCUGACUGCUGUAAACCCAGCUUACAUCUUCCCAUCCUUGCGCAAGGUCUUGAUCCAGUUGUUGACUGAGAUAGAAUACUCGAACAAUGUGAGAAACAAGGAAGAAAGUGCACGACUCAUCAGUCACCUGGUUGGUUCAUCCUCAAAGUUGAUCAAGCCUUACGUGGACCCUAUGAUCACUGUGCUUCUACCAAAAGCACAAGAUUCUAAUCCAGACGUUGCAUCUGCUACAUUAAAGGCCAUCGGUGAUUUGGCUACCGUCGGUGGUGACGAGAUGGUCAAGUACGUCCCGGAAUUGAUGAAGGUCAUCAUCGAGAGUCUACAAGAUUUGAGCUCAGCCGCCAAACGCAGAGCAGCUUUGAGAACGCUCGGUCAACUUGCUAGCAAUUCCGGCUAUGUCAUCGACCCUUACAUUGAGCAUCCAGAGCUUUUGUCUAUCUUGGUACAAGUUGUCAAGAACGAACCACCAGGUGAACUCCGCAAAGAAACCAUCCGCCUGAUGGGUAUCCUCGGUGCUCUGGACCCGUACAGACAUCAGGUCAUGGAACAAUCCUCCGAGAACCAUCUCGUGGCAGAUUCACAGACUGUCACUGAUGUUGGUCUAAUUAUGCAAGGAACGACUCCCUCGAAUGAGGAGUAUUAUCCCACGAUUGUUAUCAACACUCUUCUGGACUUGCUCAAGGAACCUACUCUGGCGCAACAUCAUGCUGCUGUAGUAGAAGCUGUUAUGAGCAUUUACAGAACUAUGCGUCUGAAAUGUGUCAACUUCCUUGGUCUUGUGGUGCCUGGCAUUCUCCUUGUCAUCCGCACAUCGCCAGCAGGCAAUAUUGAGAAAUACUUCAACAACCUCAGUGAGCUGGUGGAGAUUGUUCGUCAACACAUCAGACCCUACUUGCCGGAGAUUCUUGCUACAGUACAAGACUUCUGGGCAGACAACUCUCCUUACCAAGCGACCAUGCUUGCCCUCAUUGAGUCAAUUGCACAGUCAUUGGAAGGCGAAUUCAAGAUUUACCUCGCAAAUGUGCUGCCACUCAUGCUGGGUGUCCUUGAUCAUGAUAUCACACCAAGACGUCUGCCUUCCGAAAGAGUGCUACAUGCGUUCCUUGUCUUCGGUUCAAGCGCGGAAGAGUACAUGCAUCUGAUCAUUCCCGUCAUCGUUCGCAUGUUCGAGAAGCCAGGUCAGCCAACGCAUAUCCGCAAGCUGGCCAUUGAGACGAUCGGCAAGCUCUCAAGACACGUUAAUAUUUCCGAGUUUGCUGCAAAGAUCAUUCAUCCUUUGUCACGUGUCUUGGCAGGUUCAGAGACUGGUCUGAAGCAGACUGCUCUGGACACCUUGUGCGCUCUGAUUUUCCAGCUUGGUCCUGAUUAUAUCCACUUCAUUCCGACCAUCAACAAGAUUCUUGUCACUCACAAGGUUCCCCACACCAACUAUGCAUUAAUUGUCAGCAAGUUGCAGAAGGGUGAACCAUUACCUCAGGACCUGAGUCCUGAUGAGCGCUACAAGACCUCUGCCUCGGAAGAGGUACAGAGAGGUGUUGAUAACCGCAAGUUGGCUGUGAAUCAGCAGCAUCUCAAGAUCGCUUGGGCAGCUAACGCAAAGUCAACCAAAGAAGAUUGGCAAGAAUGGAUGAGAAGAUUCAGUUUGGAGCUGCUCAAGGAGUCGCCACAAAACGCCCUUAGAUCAUGCUCGCAGCUGGCCAGUUCUUACCCCCCUCUUGCAAGACAGCUCUUCAACUCGGCUUUUGUGUCGUGCUGGACUGAGUUGUAUGAUCACUACCAGGAGUCAUUGGUCCGCUCGAUCGAGACUGCUUUGACAUCACCACACAUCCCGCCUGAGAUUUUGCAAGUUCUUCUCAACCUUGCCGAGUUCAUGGAGCACGAUGAUAAGGCUCUGCCGAUUGAUGUUCGCACUCUCGGAAUGUACGCCGGAAAGUGCCACGCUUUUGCAAAGGCACUCCAUUAUAAGGAGCUCGAGUUCAAUGCCGAGCAGAAUGCUAGCAAUGUUGAAGCUUUGAUCAGUAUCAACAAUCAACUCCAGCAGACUGAUGCAGCCUUCGGUAUCUUGCGUAAGGCGCAAGGCUACGUGGACGUUCAGAUGAAGGAGACAUGGUUCGAGAAACUGCAGCGUUGGGAAGAGGCUCUGACGGCGUAUCAACGUCGUGAGCGUGACGAACCAGACUCGUUCGAGGUCAUCAUGGGUAAGAUGCGCUGUCUUCACGCUCUUGGUGAGUGGGAAGUUUUGUCGUCUCUUGCUCAGGAGAAGUGGAUGCACGCCUCUUCAGAGAACCGCAAGUCUAUUGCAGCUUUGGCUGCUGCGGCCGCUUGGGGUAUGGGACAAUGGGAGCUCAUGGAUGGCUACUUGUCUGUGAUGAAGCUGCAUUCUCCUGACAGAUCAUUCUUCGGCGCUAUUCUCUCCAUCCACCGCAACCAGUUCGACGAUGCUCAAUUGCACAUCAACAAAGCAAGAGAGGGGCUGGACACUGAACUCAGUGCACUCCUUGGAGAGUCCUACACAAGAGCCUACAGCGUCAUUGUCCGCGUUCAGAUGCUGGCCGAGCUGGAGGAGAUUAUCGCAUACAAGCAGAGCUCCAGCGAUCCUCACAAGCAGGAACGCAUGCGUCUCACCUGGACAAAGCGUCUCAAGGGUUGUCAAAAGAACGUCGAGGUCUGGCAACGAAUGCUCAAGGUUCGUGCGCUUGUCAUCUCCCCACCAGAGAACGCAGAGAUGUACAUAAAGUUUGCCAGCAUCUGUCGCAAGGCUCAGAGGAACGGCUUGGCCGAAAAGUCACUCAAUUCCCUUCUUGGUUGGCAGGGCUCUCUUAUGACCCCAGAAGGUCAAGAGCGCACCCUUCACGCGCCCUACCCUGUUCAAUAUGCCGUGUACAAGUACAUGUGGUCAAACGGCUACUCCUCUGGCGCCUUGACCGGUUUGAGAGACUUUACCGAAAGACUGCGGAUUGACUACGAGCAGCGUACACUUGCUGUCACAAAUCCGAACACCAACGGCAUGAAUGGUAUGAACGGCACAAACGGUGUCAAUGGCACCCAAUUCCCAGCAGCUGGUGUCAGCCCACAGAUCUCCGAGAAGGAUGUCGCUCAACUGGCCGAUUGGCAGAGACUGCUUGCCAGGUGUUACCUCAAGCAAGGUGACUGGCUCAGUCUGCAGAUGCGUGGGGAGUGGGACGCUCACCGAGUGCAUGAGAUAAGAUCCUCGUACAAGGCAGCAACUCACUACAACCAGGACUGGUACAAGGCGUGGCACGCUUGGGCUCUUGCCAACUUCGAGGUGGUCACAGCACUCACAGCCAACAAAGACAGAGGGGAAGCCGACGGUAUGCAGAGACGCUACAUCCACGACUACGUUGUUCCUGCCAUUCAAGGCUUCUUCAAGUCGAUUGCUCUCUCGUCUUCAAGCUCGUUGCAAGAUACUCUGCGCCUGCUGACUCUGUGGUUCAACCACGGUGAGCACCAAGAGGUUACCUCAGCUGUGACCCAGGGCGUCACUACUGUCAGCAUCGACACAUGGCUUGAGGUCAUUCCUCAACUGAUUGCUCGUAUCAACCAGCCGAACAGACUGGUCAAGGACUCAAUCCACCAUUUGUUGUGUGAAGUUGGACGAGCUCAUCCUCAAGCUCUUGUUUACCCUCUGACCGUCUCGAUCAAAUCUGAAGACAGAGACCGUUCAAGAGCUGCCAAGGACAUCAUGACUGCUAUGGAACAACACAGUCCCAACCUUUGCAGACAAGCCGCUGUUGUCAGUCAUGAGCUCAUCCGUAUUGCUGUCCUCUGGCACGAACAAUGGCACGAGGGUCUCGAAGAAGCUUCCAGACUAUACUUUGGUGAUCACGACAUCGAUGGUAUGCUUCGCACCCUUGAGCCGCUGCAUCGCAUGCUUGACGAGGGCCCUGAGACUUUGAGAGAAAUAUCAUUUAUCCAAAGCUUCGGACGCGACCUCGCAGAAGCCAGAGACUGGUGCAACAACUUCAAGCGUACGAAUGAGGUUGGUGAUCUCAACCAAGCAUGGGAUCUUUACUACGGUGUUUUCAAGAGAAUCGCCAGACAAUUGCCUCAACUUGCGAACCUCGAGCUGCAAUACGUGUCGCCUAAGCUGAAGAACGUUCACGACCUCGAGCUUGCACUUCCUGGUACCUAUAAGAGUGGCAAGGAGAUUAUUCGCAUUCUCUCUUUCGAUCCGUCCUCGACCGUCAUUCAGUCCAAGCAGCGUCCAAGAAAGCUCACACUCACUGGCAGUGAUGGCGGUACUUACCAGUAUGUCCUCAAGGGUCAUGAAGAUAUUCGUCAAGAUGAGCGUGUCAUGCAACUCUUCGGUCUCGUCAACACAUUGCUUUCGCAUGAUCCUGAGUCACUCAAGCGUCACCUCAACAUUCAGCGCUACGCGGCUAUCCCUCUUUCGACACAAUCUGGUCUGCUCGGAUGGGUACCUAACAGUGACACCCUGCAUGUUCUCAUCCGGGAUUACCGUGAGAGUCGUAAGAUUCUUCUCAAUAUUGAACACCGUAUCAUGCUUCAAAUGGCACCCGACUACGACAAUCUCACUCUCAUGCAGAAGGUUGAAGUCUUUGGCUAUGCUCUGGACAACACUACUGGCCAAGAUCUUUACCGUGUGUUGUGGUUGAAGAGUAAGAGUUCCGAGGCCUGGCUGGAACGUCGCACAAACUAUACGCGCUCCCUCGCUGUCAUGUCAAUGGUCGGUUACAUCUUGGGUCUCGGUGACCGUCAUCCCUCCAACUUGAUGCUUGACCGUAACACCGGCAAAAUUAUCCACAUCGAUUUCGGUGAUUGUUUCGAAGUCGCCAUGCACCGCGAGAAAUACCCCGAGCGUGUACCCUUCCGUCUCACACGUAUGCUCACCUUCGCCAUGGAGGUGUCGAACAUCGAGGGAAGUUUCCGCACUACUUGCGAACAUACAAUGCGUGUGCUCCGCGAGAACAAGGAAUCACUCAUCGCCGUGCUCGAAGCGUUCAUUCACGAUCCUCUGCUCACCUGGCGUUUGGGCAACAAGAACUCGCCUCCAGAGCCUUCCUUCCCUUCAGAGCGUCGCACAUCAAUCAUCGGCGAAUUGGACUCUGCCCCACGCAGCACACCAGGAGGUCGCAAGCGUGCUCCUCCAGGGGGCGAAAACAUCCCAGGCGAAGGUAAAGAAGUCCAAAACGCCAGAGCCCUGCAGGUACUUGCUCGCGUCAAGGAGAAGCUCACUGGUAGAGACUUCAAGAAAGAUGUCGAGUUGGCCAUUGAGGAGCAAGUCGAGAAGUUGUUGUCCGAAGCGACAAACUUGGAGAAUCUGUGUCAACAUUACGGCGGAUGGUGCAGUUUCUGGUAAUGGACUAUUCAGGAGGGAGGGAUGUGACUUUGGAGGUCUGGUGCCAGGUGGGAAACAUGUUUCGGGUAUCUUUGAUUCGCUUUUCUUCGGUGGCUGGGCUGUGAGCUUUUACGUGCAUAGCGGUGGCGUCUGCUGUUUUGAUCAACUUUCUAAUUAGUCGGCUCAUAUUCUCUUCUCGGUAUGUAAUGGGA